UAUAGUCGAGUCGAUGCAAUAGGAACGUUACAACUCAAUUGCUAUGCUCCUGUCAGGCAUUACAAUGGGCUUCCUGACGCCUCAGAGCCACAGACAACAGCAAGUUGUCGACUUCUUGGUUCGGUGCUGAGCGCAACGCAUGAAGGUGCAACACGUAACUAGCGACGCCGCCAACCAGUAGCAGGUUGGCCAGCAACCAACUAACUACAGCCAGCAGCAGCAGCAGCAACAUCUUCAGCUCUACCAGCAACUCCUGAUAAAGAGCGCAGCUUCAGCCGGGCAGCAAAACAGGCGAAAAAACACACACACAACACAUAAAAAACAACUUCGCAGCUUUAACCGAAAAUGUUACAAAACUCGAAUGCAGCCGCAGCAGCAGCAGCAGCGGCAGCGACGCCCAGCACAGCAGCCGCUGCGGCAGCGGCAGCAAACAAUGCAGCGAUAGCCGCGUCAUCGAUACAGCCAAAGCUGGUUGUCAUACGAAGGCGUCCGAAUCAGGGCUUCGGUUUUACGCUGCGUCACUUUAUUGCCUAUCCACCGGAAGAUGAUGCCGCCAGCUGGCCACAGGAAGCGACAAACGUUGUCGGCGGCGGCGGCAACGUUGGCGGCAGCAGCGGCGGUGUCGUCGGCUUGGAGCCAACGUCACCAACGUCGCUGCCGCCAUACCAAGUGAAAGCGAUGGAGACCAUUUUCAUCAAAGAGGUGCAAGCGAACGGACCGGCUCACUACGCCAAUCUACAAACGGGCGACCGGGUGCUAAUGGUGAACAACACGCCGAUCGCUGGCAUUGCCUACAGCACAAUUGUGUCGAUGAUCAAGCAGACGCCAGCGGUGCUAACGCUGCACGUUGUGCCCAAGGAGUGUGAUGUGCUGCAAAUGCACUACACGAGCAUUGCCCACACGCCGGAAUCGAAUCGUUUAACGAUGUCCGCACAAGCGCCGCUAGCGCCGCAGCCGCCGGUGGCAGCCCACACGACGCAUUCGCCGGUGCUGCUGGCAAAUGCCGGUGCCAUCAAGUCGACAUUUCCACAGCAACAGUUGAUCUCAUAUCCCGCUGUUGCCGCCAAUACAUCCUCGACAGCAUCCUCUGUCUCGCCAGCGACACCGCUGCACGGCGGCAGUCGCUCCGGCAGCAUUACAAGCAAUGCCAGCGGCAGUGGACUUCCUAGCAACAAUAGCCAUCAUCACCAGCAGCAGCAACAGCAGCAUCAGCAGCGUCAUCCGGCGCUAACAGGCGGCAGCAGCAGCAUCGACUUCGGUGACAUGGCCCAUGGCAUGCGUCAGCAUCAGCAGCAGCAGCAGCAGCAGCAGCUUUACCAGCAGCAACAUCAUCAUCAGCAGCUGCUGUCGAGCAGCUUUAUGCGUGCCAAUCAACCGCCAAAUCUAACAGUAUUAGCAAGCACAACACCGACCACGCCCACCACGCGCCAACCGAAGUCGGCAACAUCCCUAAGCCAAGCACUGUACGCAGUGAAUGCCAGCGGCGGCAGCGGCAGCGGCGGCGGCGAUAACAGCGACCUGAUGAUCCGACUGCGCGAGUCCAUCAAACAGAAGGAGGAGUUUCUGAAAUCGCCGUUACCCUCAGGUGUGAUGUCUGCCUCAGCUUCAGCCUCAGCCUCAGCCUCAGCCUCAGCCACCGCCUCCACAUCCAACGGCAACGCAGCGCAGUCAUUGCCACAAAAGCAACAAGCGGCGCAGCACUUUUUUCCAUCGCACACGCCACCAGGAGGCGGUAACGUUAUACCGCGCGUGCGCCACCAAGUGCUGCUCAAACAGCAACAGCAGCAACAACAGCAGCAGCAGCAGCAUCACCUCCACCACCAUCAGCAGCAGCAGCAGCAGCAGCAGCAAGUUGUGCUCGGCUACGAUAUGUACAACAGCUAUACGAGCAGCAAGCUGGCGCCUCGGUCCUUGGGUGCAAUGCCGCCACAGCCGCGACAGGUGGCUGUUAGCGUUGCAAAUAAUAAUGCCAAGUACGGCAAUGAGUUAGACUACUUUGAGACGCUGCAAGAGACGGGCGUGACCAACAAGGUAUUCGAACGCAAACUGGUCUCGCACAUGUCCAAGGGCUUUGAUCCAUUUAAGCCGCUAUCAAUCAACACCAGCGCCGCCUCCGAAGCGAGCAGUGCCGCCUCCGUUGCAUUAGCUAAAAAGCAGAGCGUUCUAUACGAGUCACUGCAACAGCAUCCGCUGCACCAGAUGCACGCCAAAUACCAGCAAAGCACCAGCAGCUCUGGCGCCAGCGCCGUCGAUGGCCAGAACAGCAGCCGCAUGGAACUGCACAAGGCGACGCUAGCGAACGCUACCUUUGAGUCCGUGCCGAGCAAGUUUAACAGCGUUCCGGAGCACCAGCAGGCCACCAGUUCCUCGCAUACUGUUGCCACUUUGGCGGACAUAGCUGAGAGCAGCGCCGCGGCUAUUGUGGACGCAGCAUCUGUGCCGGGUAAUGUGGUGCGUCGGUAUAAGCCGCUCUCGUCCAGCUCAUUCGAUGAGGGCAAGCCGGUGCGCCGCAUCUCGUAUCUGCGCGCCACCAACAACGAGACGGAGUAUCAUGCAGAGUCGUCGGCGGAUGCAGCUGCUGCCAGUGCCACAGCAGCUGCUGUUGUUGCGGCAGCCGCGGCAGCAGCUGCUGCGGCGUCCGUUGUUGAUCCGCAUAAGACCAAAGCUUUGGUCGAGGAGCAUCCAGAUCCCACGUACGAUGUGAUCGGCAACACCGGCGCCGGUCAUGAGUUCAUUGAAACACCCAACGGCUUGGAGGAUGUGCGGCUAACCACACAUCAUGGCAAUCGUCGUGCCUCGAUCAACAGCGACAUGCGCAGCAGCAUUCACAUCGAUGCCGAACUUAAUGGCAAGUAUGUGCCCAAUGAGCUGGAGGCCUUUGAAACGGAGAUUGAGAUCAAAUCCUCCUGCAUCAAUGGCAAGCGCAUGUCUGAGUAUCGUUCAUGGCGCCAGGUUAAACUGGAGAUCAAAGGGGAUCUUCUGCGCAUUUACUCUGGACGCCAUACCAAGUCGGAGCAGAAUGUGAUAGAGCUUGAUAUUAGAAAUUUUAAAUUCUUUGACGAGUCGCUGGACAAAAAGAAGUACUUGAUACGCAUGCAGUCGAAGCCGAGCGCCAGCGGCGCCCACUUGGCUACAUUGGGCAAUGAGCUCAAUUUGGAUGAUGCGCACGAUAAGCUGACAUCAUCGGGCAGCAGCAGUGCCGCUGAGCCGCAAACACCGGCAUCAACGGCUCCAUCCUGCGGCCCCUACACUGAAAUCCUUUUCAAGACCAAAAGCAGCAACGAGAUGAAGCGUCUCUUUGGCUUGCUCCAAUGGAAGGAUAGUCUGAACUAUGAUGAUAUUGAGCAGCCGGCGGGCAAGCAGCUGGCGGAGCCACAGAAAACAGCAGCCACAUCCAGUUAUCUGGACGACGUGGCAGGCGCUGCAGACAGCUCACCGCUGAGCUCACACUCGAGUGGCGCUUUGAUGGAAGGUCCUGUGGCAGCGACAAUUGCAGCAGCUGCCGUUACCAAUGACGCCAUAUCGCCCGUGAUGAAGCUGCGUAAACCCUCCUCUCACAAGAAUGUACCAGACAAGGAUUUGGGCUCGCCCAAGUCGAAGAACUGGAAAGAUUUAUUGUUUCGUCGAGGCGGUGGCAGCGGCGGCGGCGUCUCCCAUGCAGACCUGGCCUCACCUUCGGGCUGUGCCAACAAGACAGGUGGCUCCAUUGGGCUGCCUUUGCGCGCCUGUCCCAUGUCCAAAAACAAUGCGUACGUUCCGCAUCUGGUGGAGAUCUGCACCAAUAUUGUGGAGACCAAAGGUCUGGGCGUGGUCGGCAUAUAUCGCAUACCUGGCAACAAGGCAGCUAUCUCCGAGUUGUCCGAGCUGGUAAACACAAAGGAAUUUCAAUUCGAGAGCUGCGCCACCGAUGUCCGGUGGGAGGACGUGAAUGUGGUUAGCAGCUUGCUGAAGCUAUUCAUACGCAGCCUGCCGGAUGCUCUGAUGCCCGCCAGCUUUUACAUCAACUUCAUUGAGGCGGAUAAGAAGACAGGCAUGGAGCGAAUUGUGAUGCUCAAGGAUAUUGUGGAGCUCUUGCCGCGUCAUCCCUACGAAACAAUGAAGCAUCUGAUCAGGCAUCUGUGUCGCGUCAGCGACAACUGCGAGGUGAAUCGCAUGGAACCGAAGAAUCUGGCCAUCAUCUUUGGCCCAUCUAUAAUUCGUACACCGAACGACACACUGGAAACGGCAGUCAAAGACAUGAAGCAUCAGUGUCGCAUUGUCGAACUGCUUGUCACGCAGUACGAGUUUUUCUUUGAGGGCGGCAGCCUGCCUGAUUUGGCGGACCUGAGUGGCGGUGCGGCCGCGCCGAGCCCAGCACAACCGCAGCAGACGCAAGAGGACCAAACGAGCAUGUUGCUGCACAACCUGUCCAAGAUUGAACGCAUCACAGAGCGCGAGACGCGCUCCUCGCGUUUCAUUCCGCAGCUGCGCAGACGAACCCAUGGCAAGCGCAGCGCCGUUAGCUCGGAUACGUACUCUGGCGAAAGUGUUCUGGUAAGCGGCAGUAGCCAAGCUCAGCACAAUUCCCACUGCACCACAACCACAAACACCACAACCACCACCAAUACCACCACAACCACCACCACCACCACCACCACCAUCCGCACCAACAACCAAAGACGAAUGCAGCGCAAGGCUGUGCAAAGCAUAUGCGAUUUUGGCUUAAUACUGCCCGCGUUUCACUUUCAGUCGCUGGACUACGCCAAGGUAUCAGCGAGCAGCACGACCAGCACCAGCAGCAGCUCCACGCUGCAUAGCAGCAAGACUAGCACCACCAGCAAGCUGCUCAGCUCGGCCAUUGGUUCGUCCGCAUUCACAUCAUCAACGAACACAACAAAGGCUGCGGCAGCCACCACCAAGAAGCGCAGCACUGGUGGCUUCCUCUCCAGCUCCAGUUCGCGCAGCGCACAGUCACGCAAGGCCAGCCUCGACGAGAAGGACUUGGCCAGCGUGGACUCAACUGGCAGCAUAGGCAAGCAUGAUCAACAGCAACGCAGCAGCGUAGACAUUUCCAUACAGCUCACCGACGAUGAUUCGAGCAGCCGCCUGAGCGAUACGGGUUCGAUGUCGCUGACCACCAUUACGGACACACUCGACAGCAAGCUGCGAAACUUGCGCAGCGGCUCCGAGUCCAAUGAUGAGAAUGGCUCGCCAGAGUUUCCAAAAAAUCGACGACACACGCUCGGCCAGCCGCUGCACUUGCACUCCGAGAACAUUCCCUAUGCGGACGAGUCGCCGGAGCGACUGUUCCACAACUUCUGCCCACUGGACGCGCCACACUCGCUGCUGCUGAGCCGUUCGUGCACGGCCACCAACACCCUAGGCGAGGCCAAAGAUGACAAGCAUCUGCAGUUGAUGUUGAAGCCAACGGUAGCACCGCUGCCCGCCAGCUUGCUGAAGGCCGCACACAAGCUGCAGCAUUCGGCCACGGCGCCCAUACAUCAGGGCAGCUCAACGGCGCCGGCUAGUGGCGCCGCCACGCCCACCGCUGGCACUGGCUCUAGCAGCGCCUCAACGCCACUAGCUGGAACGCCCAGCUCCCAGACGGCCAACUCAGUGCAACGCAACUCGUAUGGCAGCAAGAACUUGCGAUUCAGCAGCUCGCUGGCAUACGAAAGGGGCGUGGGCGGCGCCGGCUCCGAGGAUGACUCGGAGGGCUCCACCACCAGUGAUCCCAAGGAGAAGCUGCUAAUGGCCGCACCCUCGCCGUCGUUUUUUCUCGAGCGCUACAAUAAAAAGCGGCGCGACCAUCGACUCUUUCGCAGCGCCAGCUUCAACUGUCGCAACUACUCAACGAGACACAUGAGCAGCAGUAACUCGAGCACCGCAGCUGCUGCGGCGGCCGCCGCCUGUUGCUCGCCCACAUCGUCGUCGUCGUGGGCGCAUGCCGCUGCCGCGCUGACCAAGGAUGAAAAGACUGACAUGAAUCUGACCAAGAAGAGGCAGAUACAAAACAAACAGAAUCGCUCAAUCAAGCGGCGUCACACGGUGGGUGGACCGCACGACUAUGCGGCAAAUAGCGCUGGCGGCGGCGGUAGCGGUGCGGGCGGCGGUAGCGGUGCCUGCGGUGGUGGUGCUGCUUGCGGUGGUACUUCGCGUCACGAUCUGACUGCCAUCAACUACAAUCAUCACAAUCGCCAUCACAAGCAGCAGCUGUUGAAGUUGGGCAGUGCUGGGCCAGGAGCGAACGGCGGUGCUGCCGCUGAAACGACAACCACAACAACAACCACCACCACAGUAUUGCGUAGACUAGGUGCAACGGCGACCAGCGCUAGUGCCAGUGCCAGUGUCAGUGGUGUCACGGAAGCCAACGUCGCUCUACCCGUCUCUGGGGCCACUUCUAGCAACAACAAUAACAACAACAAUUCGCCAUUAAGCGAUGGCAGCAAUGGAAACAGCACAGCCAGCGGCGCCGGCGUCGGCAGUCCAAGCAGCAACAGCAGCUCGGCAAGCCACAGCAGCAGCGGCGGUGGCGGCGCAGCUAGCGGUGAUCAAGUCUUGGAAGUGGGCAUACGCAUCAAGAACAUCAACAGGGCGCGCUUCUAAAAGCCAAACCUGGAGCAGCUAAAGAGACGUACAACUCGAAUGUGUGAGGGAAUAUACACAUAUAUAUAUAUAUAUAUCGGAAAGGAUUAGUAUUAAAGAC